AUGACUUCAAUCGGCUCCCUGGUCUUCUGCACCGAUUGCGGCAACCUCUUGCCUGCUUCCAAGGGCAACGAGAAGAAUAUCCUCAAGUGCGAGUGCUGUGGUGCUGAGAACCAAGAUUCGAAAUUCAAAUCCAUCGUUACAAAAAGCAAACCUUCCGAUUUCCCUUCGCUGCUUCGCCAGAAGCUAUCGACUGUCCAGACUGUGGAACGACACAAGGUCCAAACCGAAGCUUUGAUCGCCGAAACUUGUGAGAAGUGCGGCCGUACAGAAGUCAGGUUUUCCAGUGUUCAGCUGCGUAGUGCCGAUGAAGGCGCUACAAACUUCUACACGUGCGACUGCGGUCACAAGUGGAGCGCAAACAACUGA